CUCGUACUUUUCCCUCCCAAGUUUUCAGACUCUGCUCAUCGUCCUCGCCGGCCGCAGCCUCAGCUGCUCGCUCGAAGCAGCACCGAAGGAGAUAAAGGCCAGCUCGAGAGAGACAGAGAGAGUCGCGGCGGCGGCAGCGGCGGCGAAGUUCGGCGGCGGGCCGGAGCACGGAACGACCCACCCCGGCAAAUUCCCGGCCGCGCCUCCCAUGACCUUCAAGUUCGCGCCUUUAGACGGUCGUUAGCCGCCGCCGCUUCCUGCAUCAACCGGCCAUGGCGCUCUCGAGCCUCGCCGCUCUCUGCUCAUCUCCUCCCCCCGUGUCGGCGCUCCCGGACUCGCCGGCCAUCUCCAGCCUCAAUGGGCUCUCGCCCAUCGCGGACGACGCGGCUGCCCCGAACGCCUCCCUCCGGAGCUGCGCGAACCUGCACGAGAUCAGGCAAUUGCACUGCCGCGUCGCCAAGAAGGGCCCGACCCACGGUAACGAGCUCAUCGCCAAGUGCGCCGAGAUGGGCACGCUCCAGAGCAUAGACUACGCGCUCAAGGUGUUCGAAGGGUGGAAGGAAGGCGAGUGCGUCGCCGGGUCUUUGUUCGUGUGCAAUUCUUUGAUUAGAGCCUGCUCUGCCGCCGGGCUUGGCGACAGAGCCGUCUUGGUGUUUGUUCGGAUGCUGGAGAUGGGCGUGGCGCCGGACAAGUACACGUUCCCGUUCCUGCUGAGCGCUUGCACGAGGGCUUCGUGGAUCCGCGAAGGGGUUCAGGUUCACGGGGCGAUAGUGAAGAUGGGAUUCGCGGAGGAUGUUUUCGUGGCUAACACUUUGGUUCAUUUUCACUUCGAAUGCGGGGAUGUCGUGGAUGGACGCAGGGUGUUUGAUAAAAUGCCUGAGAGGAAUGUCGUUUCCUGGACCAGUUUGAUUUGCGGUUACUCCCGGAGGGAUUGUCCUGAGGAGGCUGUUUCCUUGUUCUUUGAUAUGGUGGAGGCCGGGGCCGAACCCAACUCGGUUACUAUGGUGUGCGCGAUUUCCGCAUGUGCUAAGUUGCAGGAUCUUAAAUUGGGCGAGCGGGUUCAUUCUUAUAUCGGCCAUUUAGAUAUUGAGCCUAAUGGUCAUAUGGUGAGUGCCCUUGUUGACAUGUACACGAAAUGUGGAGCUUUUGUUACUGCAAAGCACAUUUUUGACAAUUGUGUCGAGAGGAAUUUGGUCUUGUAUAACACAUUCAUGUCGCAUUAUGUCAAAAGAGGAAUGGCAAGAGAAGCAUUAGUUGUCCUGGGUGAAAUGCUGGAACAGGGACCACAACCAGAUAGGGUAACAAUGUUGUCUGCAAUCUCAGCAAGUGCCACUUUAAAUGAACUCUGCUUUGGGAAGUCUUGCCACGGUUACAUUUUGAGAAAUGGAUUACAAGAACAAGACGAUAACAUUAACAACGCAAUGAUCGACAUGUACAUGAAGUGUGGCGAAUCAGGACUAGCCUGCACGAUUUUCAAUUCUAUGUCGAAUAAAACUGUUGUCUCGUGGAAUUCACUACUUGCAGGUUAUGUUAGAAACGGCGAUGUGAGAUCAGCUAGGGAGAUGUUUGAUGAGAUGCCUGAAAAAGAUCUGUUUUCUUGGAACAUCAUGAUUGGUGCUCUAGUUCAGGAGAGUUUAUUCGAGGAAGCAAUUAAGUUCUUCCGGAUGAUGCAGAGGGAGGGAAUAAAAGCAGAUAAAGUGACAAUGGUCAGUGUUGCAUCUGCAUGUGGAAAUUUAGGUUCGCUAGGUCUUGCAAAGUGGAUUUAUCAUUACACAGAAGAAAAUGCUAUUGAACGUGAUAUGCUCCUUGACACAGCCUUGGUAGACAUGUUUGGUCGGUGCGGUGAUCCAAGGAUUGCAAUGCAAAUAUUUGAGAAGAUGGAGAAAAGGGACGUCUCAUCUUGGACUGCAAUAAUCUGUGCGAUGGCCACAGAAGGAAACGGCAAACAAGCGUUAGAGCUGUUCAAGGAGAUGCUUUGUCAAGGAGUUGAACCUGAUGACGUAAUAUUUGUCGGACUCCUUACAGCGUGCAGCCACAGCGGAUCAGUUAAACAAGGCCGCCAACUUUUCCAGUCCAUGGAGGAGAUAUAUGGGAUUUCACCUCAGGUGGUUCAUUAUGGAUGCAUGGUUGAUUUGCUCGGCCGAGCUGGACUGUUGGAGGAAGCAUUAGAUUUCAUAAAGAGCAUGCCAAUCGAACCCAAUGACAUCAUCUGGGGUUCACUUCUAUCUUCAUGUUGGACCCACAAGAAUGUGGAGAUGGCGGCUUAUGCUGCCAACAGAAUUCCCGAAUUAACAUCAGAUAGGACUGGGAUCCCGGUGAUUUUGUCAAACAUAUAUGCGUCCGAGGGAAAAUGGUCAGAAGUAGCGAAAGUGAGGCUACAAAUGAAAGAGAGAGGGAUGCACAAGGUUCCAGGGUCGAGCUCUACAGAGGUAAAUGGAACUGUUCAUGAGUUCUCCUCAGGAGAUGAAUCUCACCUGGAAAUGAGCCGCAUCGCCCAGAUGCUGGAUGAAAUAAAUUGCAAGCUACGGGAUGCAGGCCAUGUUCCCGAUCUGAGAAAUGUUCUUCUUGAUGUGGAUGAGCAUGAGAAGAAGUUCUUGCUGAGUCGGCACAGCGAGAAGCUGGCUAUAGCUUACGCACUUAUUAGCACAGGUCACAAGAUGCCGGUGCAGGUUGUGAAGAAUCUGAGGACAUGCUCUGAUUGCCACACAUUUGCCAAACUAGUUUCAAAAGUAUAUGAUCGGGAAAUCACAAUAAGAGAUAAUAACCGGUUUCACUUUUUCAAAGACGGGUUUUGUUCAUGCGGUGAUUUUUGGUAGGCCGAGAAUGAGCACAAUUUUUCAACCACCAAGGCAAUCUUAGAGAAUUUGGUCCUGGAUAAUCGAGUCAGCAGGAAUCCACCAAAUGAAUUAGCACAGGACGUGAAACGGAUUGCACUCUACAUGAUGAGAAGGAUAUGGUCUAAAGAAAGACAUGGAGCGCUGUGAGAAUUUCAGCUUUAUCAACGUGAUUUGAGAUGAGUGGUGUGCUGUUGGACUACCCUGGUAAGCCGACGAUGGGCUACAGUUUUGUGAAGAUAUAUUCUGAUGGUGAAUGAUUUUGCUCCGUCAACGCCCUUUUCUACAGCUUGUUAAACUUAAUGUGACACAAAUAAGGCAGCUUUAAAUGCGAUGAUUUAUAUGAAACGCGCAUGGCCAUUGCCAAAAUUGGUAUCACUGAUCUGUGUUUUCUGUAAUUUAUUGGCUAGAGUCUAGAUAUAUGCAGAUCGGCAACAAGAACCACUAUAAAUCAAUCUGCUUGUUGACAGACCCAACCAACUUCUGGUAAUACUUGUAUCAUGCUGUUACAGUCCAUGGAUCGAUAUUAUUCUUUCCUGAUAUCGCGUCUCUUAUUCUCAACCUUUUUGAGGGUUGUACGGAUCGAAAUGCAGAUUGAGGGCUAGUUCAGUUGACAUCAGUGCUUAGCAGAUGUUCUUUAGUAUUUUGCUUUCUUUGAUGCUUUCUGUUCUUUCUGCCUAUAACUGCUUUUCUGUUGUCUGUAACCCAUUACUUGUAUUCAUGCAUUCAUUGCCUUGGAUCGGACUAA